AUGCCUUCCAAGGAUCGUGACGCUGACGUCGAUUCCGUCGCCGACGAGGUGCCUCGCGAAAAGACCCGACGCUCCAAGUCUGAACGGAGCAAGUCAGAUCGAGAUAAGGAUAAGGACCGCGAGCGUCGCCAUCGAUCUUCCAAGUCAUCGACCUCCCGUAGCAAGCUUGGCGUUGAAGGUAGUGAGGCCUCCACCCGGCGUCAUCGCAAGCGUGAUAAAGACAAGGACCGUGAUAGGGAUGAGGACAAGGACCGAGAGAGAGAUAGGGAUGAACCACAACGGGACAAGAAUGCUUCCGUGAGCGACAUCACCAGCGAUACUCUCAGGCUGUCUGUGAAUACGCCACGCAUUGCCAUGCCCUACCCGAACUUCAGCAAGGCCCACAGCAAAGAGGCUGUCAUGAGCCGAGAAGACUUGGGUGGUGAACGCAGGCAAUCGAAUCCCCUGACACCGGAACCUACAGAUUUCGGAGAGGAAGAACGCAGAUCGAAGUCUGCUGAGCUACCCAGGACAUCGUCAACCUCGAAAAAAGGCUCUAGACCGCCUACCCCACCUGAGACUGAUGUCUCUGCCGACAAGAGAAGACGCGGGGACGAUGCCAGGGGAUCCGACAGCGGCCGCCCCAAAUCUACCCUCUCCGGCCUUUCAAGGUCUGCCUCUCACAAAGAUGAUCGGUCCAAAGUCAGCAGGAAAUCUGGUUCGUCUAGCCAAGCAACAUAUGUCAAAUCACGCGAGCACAAAUCACAUGAAAAGCUCCGCUCCUCAGGGUCUGUUCGAUCCACCUCGUCACGACACUCCAUGAAAAGAUCAGACUCGACCAGAAGCAGUUCAAAGAGGACUGAAUCUCGGGACGACGGAUCUUCGCCGUCGAGUGUUCAAGAUUCUUCUCCUCGAACACCCACACAGACGGCAAGGUUUCCAUCUCACUUGUAUGAUGCAGGCAAGGGUCGAUCUUCCCCUGAUUUUGGAGAACAUGAAUCGAAUUUCGCAUCCAAGACAGCGACUCCAGCUUCCAUGGCUGGAGCACCACCUCCUCCGCCUCCUCCUCCGCCACCACCACCAGCUGUCGAUAUUCACGACAUACCGCGAGUCGACUAUCUGCUACAAAACGGUGGUCUUUCUUACCCGGUUCCUCGAAACUUCCUUUCGGUUCUACCUCUUCAAAAUGGAUCUCGCAUCACAAAUCCCCCCUUGACCGGCGCAGACACCUUAUUCACACCGUUCUUUAAUCUACUUGAUCAGUACUCCAAUGUUUUGACGAAGCAAGGCUCGAUCGCGGUUGCCACAGGGCAUCGAUCUGUAGCCCGGCGGCUGUUGGACAGGCUGGAAAAUGUCUUCUCACGGGACCUACCCCCCCAUGGCUGCGUAUGCGUUAUGUGUGACCAGUCUCACGAAAUACAUAAAGGCUUGACAUGGGGAGAUGUUUUGGAAUGGGUGAGCGGACGCAUUGAGCUUCCCGCUUGGCCGCCAUUUGAUCUUGCUGAGAUUGGAGCCAAGGCCGCCGAAAUAUCCGCAGAGAUUCCGCCCCGACCUGCAUCCCCUGUGAAGAUGGAUCCGGAUAUCGCGGAAGAAUUCAGAGAACAUUACCUGCGUCAGUCAAAGAAGGUUAGAUCGGCCGUCGACAAGUGGUUGAACAAGACUGGUGAAACUCCAGUGCCGCCCCCGCAAGAUGUUGACGACGAAACACUCACCUUUGCCAUUUUGACGAAUUUGGAUGCCGACGAUCGGCCAUUCUUCAAUGCACUGGUGUCUGGAUCGCGAGAACUAAAAUCGGCAACAAGAGCUCCUACACCAGUCCACCGACCGCGGAACGACUUCAUCAUCAAAUCAGGCUUAUCACUGCAGAGGCUUUAUCGCCUUCAGCAGGUUCCUCGAGAUGCCGAAACCGCCAGUUACCUCGUCAGGAAUCCUCAUACCCACGACUUGCUCGUCACUAUAUCAAACAUUAAUAACUCGGAGUGGGAGAUUCUGACAUCUGGCCGGUUCGAUGGAUUCUUAUGGUCCGGAGCAGAUGUGGAUGAUGUGCUCCCUGGGUUUGAAUCUCGUGGUGAAACGCCCGUGAGUGGCAUGUUUGGCCCCCGAUCAUCCAUGAGCCCACUACCCCGAGGUUCAUCAGCCAUGGGAUCAAGGAAUACAACACCGUUCUCACCUUACUCUCGAGGCGCCACACCUGCCUCCUUUGUAAGUCUGGCUUCAUCUGGUGCCCAAGGAGGUAACAGAGCGCCCGUUUCAAAUGACGAGGAAAUGGAAAUGGCAGCUAUCGCUGAGAUUGAACGGGAGAUAUAUGCAGGUAUGGAAAGCCUAGAAGAUGCGUUUGAGAAACUGCACCAAAGAGCAGAGAUGGUACGGACAGCGUUGCGGCAGCGCGGAGCCGGCCUCAUGCAAAACUUGCAGAGUCGCCGUCGCAUCGAUGUUUUGCCUACCCCUGGUUCAGGCAACUCUCAGCAUUCCGGAUACGAACGACCGGCUUGGGCAGCAGGAAGCGAUGUCGAAGGCGGUAGCGACGAUGACUGGGCAUUGGAUGACAUUGACAUUAUGCCUGAUGAUUCGGCCAGCAACAUUAGCAGCUCAAGGCAUCGACGACCCAAGCGACGCACCGAGCGUCGCACACCUGCGCCUAUUGAAGAAGACGAUGAAGAAUAA